AAGAGAAAGAAAAGAAGCAUAAGAAGCUUACCGUUGGUGGUGGUGAUUAGGGAACAGCCACACCAUCACCGGUGACUGGCAUAACAUCAACAUUGGGAAUCUGAAACCCAAUUUCAAAUUCAAAUCAAUUAAAAGGGUUAGUUUUCUUUAAUUUUCCUUAAACUCAUGUGGGUUUCUCUUGUUUUGGCUUGCACCUUUGUGGGGCUUGCCAAAGGGUAGGCCUUGGCAUGACUUUCUUGACCAGUUUGGCACAGCUUUGAAGUGAUCAGGGUCUUAUAAUCAUGCCUAGAGAGAGUCAUGCCUAGAGAGAGUUUUAUAAUUCACUGAAUUGGUCUAGGGUGAUACAUAAUAAAUUAAUAUGAAGGAUACUGAGAAUUUAAAUAACAAACGAUCUAGAAAAUCCAGUCAAUCAAAGGAACAGACUAAGUCCAAGCUGGUUUCAUCAAAAUUCAAAACAAGAAGCACAAAAUGCCGAGGGAAGAAACACAAAGUGAAAUCAAAAUCUCAUAAACUCAGAGUUGGUACAAACACAUCAAGGAGGACAGUUUCUGAUUCUUCCAUCAAGGCACCGAUAGAGGAUUCCUCAAAUAAAAAUGUUAUUAUUAGAAAAAAUCUGCAUAAAACUGAUGGGAAAUCUUCACAGAUGCUGUCUUCAGCAAAGCUACAAGGAGAAAAAGUUUCUCAUAGUUCUAGGAAACAUGGGAUAGAUGUUGAUGAGAAGGCAAAGAUUAAAAAACGUAAGAGAAGGAGAAAGAAGAAAAGACGAAGGGAUAAAGUGGAUCUUGAUGAUGCUUCACGCUUGCUAAGGAGAACAAGAUACCUCUUAAUCAAAAUGAAGCUAGAGCAGAACCUUAUUGAUGCUUACUCUGGAGAAGGUUGGAAAGGUCAAAGCCGAGAGAAGAUUAGACCAGAAAAGGAGCUAUUAAGAGCAAAAAAGCAGAUUUUAAAAUGUAAACUUAGUAUUCGUGAUGCCAUACACCAGUUGGAUUCUCUUAGUUCUGUGGGUAGCAUUGAGGAUUCUGUCAUUGCUCCAGAUGGAUCUGUUUAUCAUGAACAUAUAUUCUGUGCAAAUUGCAAACUACAUGAAGCUUUCCCAGAUAAUGAUAUUAUACUUUGUGAUGGCACAUGCAAUCGUGCUUUUCACCAAAGAUGUCUUAAUCCUCCUUUGGAUACCGAAAAUAUUCCUCCUGGUGACCAAGGUUGGUUUUGCAAGUUUUGUGAAUGUAAGAUAGAAAUACUAGAGGCAACAAAUGCCCAUCUUGGGACUCAAUUCUCAUUGGACAGUACUUGGCAGGAUGUAUUUAAGGAAGAGGCUUCUAUGCCUGAUGGUGAUAUUGCAUUACUGAAUCCAGUAGAAGAAUGGCCAUCAGAUGAUCCAGAAGAUGAUGAUUAUAAUCCAGAGAGGAAAGAAGACAGCCACAGCAUCAACAUGGAAGGAGAUGAUGAAAAUGCAUCCGAUGAUUUAAGCAGUUCUUCUAGUCCGUGGUCUUUGAAUGGCGAAAGUUCUCCAGUAGAUGAUAGUGUCAACCAUGAAUAUUAUUCUGUUAAUAGCUGCUUAUAUUCUGAUAAGUUAGGGGAAAUAGCAUUUGGCCGUAGGCAGCGUAGAGCUGUUGACUACAAGAAACUCUAUGAUGAAAUGUUUGGGAAGGAUGCUCUACCAAGUGAACAAGUGAGUGAAGAUGAAGACUGGGGUCCUGGCAAAAGAAAGCAAAGAGAAAAGGAGUCUGAUGCUGUCAAUACUCUUAUUACACUGCAUGAAAGUGAGAAUAAAUAUCCCAAUAAUGAGAACAAUGAUAAAAUAAUAGAUGGUUCUUCAGGCAUACAAGUAAGAAGGCCUUGUUUCAGGAUUCCACUUGAUGCAGUUGAGAAACUCCGCCAAGUUUUUGCAGAGAAUGAACUUCCUCCAAGAUCUGUGAAGGAAGGUCUUUCAAAAGAGUUGGGACUUGAUCCUGAAAAGGUUAGCAAAUGGUUCAAAAAUGCACGUUACUUGGCACUUAAAACCAGAAGGUUUCAAGCAGAAGGAGAACAGCUUCAAAGUUUCACUUCUAAGAUCUCAAAGGAUUCUGUAUCUCAAAACAUGGAGAAAGACGAGCUUUUGAAAUCAAAGGCCUCCAAAAUUACCGUGACUCAUUCCCAGAAGAAUGGUGAAAAUGUCACUUGUAAAGAGAAAAUAAAAUUAUCUAGUCCCUUAAAGAAAAGGCAACCAAAACUAUAUCCACCAGUGACAAGACAAAAUGGCAAUAAGGACACUGUGGAGAUCAGUGAUGAUAUUAGCUUGAAGAAACUGUUGAAAAAAAGAAAAAAGAGGGUAAAUUUUACAUUUGAAGGGGACUCUCAGGCAGCUGAGUUGGAAUUUGAAAGACUCAGUAAAGUGAAGAUUAAACUAGAUAGCAUGAAGCAAAAAUUAAAUGAACUUCAAAAUUUCAGAGCAAAGGACUCACAUAAACUCUAUUUGAACGAACCGUGUGUUAUAUAUGUCCCCACAGCUGAGUUAAGGGAAAAGGUUGAAUAA